CCGCAAGGGGAGUUCUGUCUGAGGUCGCCGGGAACAUUUCGGUCGACGCCCUUUCCAGCGGGAAGUUCUACCACUUUAUCCGCUGCGGGUCGACGGCGGUCACCCUGGAGAUCGCGCUGCAGGUGGAGCCGACCAUCGUGAUUGUGAACGAGGAGGUGAAGAAUGGGAAGCAGUCGCUGACCGAAAUCGUGAAAAGCAUCGCGGAGCAGAUUUUGAAAAGAAGAGACGAAUUUGGUUUGAAUUCCGGGGUUAUUUUACUAUCCGACGGAUUGGUCGAGAACGGGCUGGUGCAGACGGAGAUUUUGAAAUCCGAAAUCGCACAUCUGCGGAAAGCCUUCAAGGUCCGGACCGAAGCGGAAUUGUUGCUCGGCGGCAGUAGUAGUAGUUCUACUGCGACAAUUAUAUCCGGCUCGUCGACCAAUUUGCUCGCAGACCGGACAACUUCCUCCGCGUCGCAAUUGUCUUCCGACGCAGCAGGUAGUUCUGCUGGUGCAGCAGGUCCACCCGCACAGAACAAGAAUCCCGGGCUCUCUCCCGCCUCGCGCGAGC